CACUUCCAUUAUUGUGACUCGCUUUCAUUUUUUUCCACCAGCGUUUUACUUCAUACGUGCUGAACAAAAAAAUGUGUACUAAAUUAUACGGAACGAAAAAAAGAAGCCUAAGAAAAUUUUUGCGCAUUGAUCAUUUUAAAGCUUGAAUUUGUAUAUAAUUGAAAACUAUUUUUUUUUGCAAACAUGUUAUAUUUGCUUUGGUUCGUUCUGCGUGAUUGAGUUAAAGCUUUAGUUUCAGAACUUGCCAAGACGCAUUAAGUCUAAAAGAGACUAACAAUUCUUCUGCAAAUAUCAACUUACCUACAAAACGGUUCUUUCAAUCGAACUCAAACAGCAAAUCUCGAAUUCAAACACUGUUCAAAAUUUCAUACUGUUCCAUCUUUCAAUCAGACUCUUAAUAAUCAAAAUGGCUUUUAGCUCGUUGUCAUCACCAAAUACCAUCUUUAUUCAGACAUAAUAACCUCUGUUCUUGUCAAAAUAGAGAAGAUAUAUCUCAAAAAUCAUGCUCUCAACGAUUUUGAACUGUAAAUAAUUUCUCUCGCGUCUGAUAAUUAGACUUCAACCUUUUGUUGUUUGCACUUAUUUAUAUGUUGCUUACAAUCUGGAGUCGCACUUUGUUCUAAAAUGAGUCACACUUUGCUGGUGUCAAAUUGAGAUAUGGCAGAUGUGAUGAAUAUCAACAACCCUCGAGUGGCAGAGGGGGGAGGGGAGGGGUCCGAAGAAGGGAGUAGUGUGGAUGACGGGAGGGACCACCUAAUUCGGAGAGCCAGUCGAGUCCACGCCGACAGUUUUCUGGGGGAGGAUAUUGCGUCAUUAGCGGGCGACAAACCCCGAGGCACCAGUACUCCAGGGGCUGUGUUCAUAGUGAUGAAUGCGACCCUAGGGGCGGCCAUGUUGUCUCUGCCCUACGCCGCCAACCAGUGUGGGGGGCUCCUAAUCUUCCUACUCAUGCAGUACGCAUUCGCAUUCCUAGCCGCCAUCUCCAUGAUCAUACUCGCCAAGUGCGCGGACGUGGGCAAUGCUUCCGUGUAUCAGGAGGUGGUGGAGACGAUGACAGGGUCCGAUUUGUGGGUCACAUUCACCCGAAUCAUGAUAGCCAUCUACGCGUUCUCAUCGUGUGUCGCAUACUUAGUCUUAGUCGGAGACCAGGGUCAAGAGAUCGUCAAGUUCAUGGUUGGCUCCGAAGACUUCAGCGAGCACUCGGAUCUCUACCGACGGAUGAUUCUACUGGGAAUGAGUUGCGCGGUGGUGCUGCCCCUCAUGAUGCCGAGGAGCAUCUCGUUCCUGGAACUGCCCGGCAUCGUUUCCUUUCUAAGUGUCCUUUAUGUCGCCUUAGCUGUCGCCUUUCUCUACAACUCGGAGAAAGUAGAAGAUGCAAACAUCAAGACCAGACCUGACAAUGGAAAAGCAGUGUUCAACUCCCUGCCUACAAUCGCCUUCGGCUACCAGUGUCACGUGAGCGGAGUGCCAGUGUACUGCUCCCUGAAGAAUCGCAACCUCAGAAACUGGAUCUUCAUUCUUGGCUCCGCGACUCUGUUGAGCUCCCUGAUUUAUUCGAUCACAACUAUUUUCGGCUACUUGACCUUCGGGGACACAGUAGCAGAUGAUAUUUUGCUAAGCUACCCGUCCAGUAGUGUUGCCAUGCUCAUAGGUUAGUAGGGUAGUCACUUUUUGAGUU